AUGGAUGUUACCGAGAUUUUAGAAGCUCAUCAAGCUCAAUUUAAGCCUAUCACUGUCGAGAAGCUUGUGCCUCUUGAUUUCGACAUCAAUCUCUUAUCAGCUUUUGAUACUAAUGCUUUGGAUGAAAAGACUCUCAAGAGCAAGAACAGCACAGACAAAUAUCUCUUGGACUUGACUAGAGACAACACUCAAUUAAUUAUCAACGAGCUCUUCAAAUUACCCGUCAACAGUGCCGAUGCUGGUGUUUUGGCUCAGUUGCCUGCCCGUGUAAGCGUUCUGCCUCGCGAGAAGCCUUUGCCUAAAGAAAAGCCUCUUACCAGAUGGGAGAAGUUUGCCAAGGUCAAAGGCAUUCAAAACAAGAAACGUGAGCGUAUGCUUUAUGACGAAGAGACUGGUGAAUACACACCUCGUUGGGGUUAUAAGGGAGCCAAGCCUGAAGGUACACUGGAUCAAGACUGGCUCAUGCCUGUUCCUGAUCAUGCUGAUCCUAUGGAAGAUCAGUAUGCUAAAGCACGCGAGGAAAAGAAGGGUCGUGUUGAGAAGAAUGCUAAACGUCAACGCCGUAACCAAGAAGAAGGAACAGCCGCUACUUUGGCUGGCAAGAAAGAUAUCAAGGAAUUCAAAAAGGAAGAGUUACAAACAGCCAUUGCUGCAUCCAAGAAGGCUACUGCUAGUGUUGGCAAAUUUGAUAACAAGUUGAAGGGAGAAACCAAGAUGAAGGGUGUUACACAUCAAUUCAGCCCUACUAUCGGUGAUGUCAAAGCGGAAAAGAACAGUUCAUUGGAUAUUUUGAAGAAGAUUGUUGGAAAGAAUGAUAUUGUAAAUACCGAAAAGGCCGUUCGUCUUCAGUCAAAGAGAGAAUAUGCCAACAACUUUGAUGCCAAGAUGAAAUUUGGUGACAAAAAGAAGAAGUUUGAAAAGAAGAAGGGAGGAAAGCGAUAG